UGGAUGGAUUUGGUUUUGGCGUUUACAUCUGGACAGGAUUUUUUUAAAAAAACAAAAAUGUAAAAUUUCUAUUUUCAAAAACAGUCAAGGUAAUGUAAACGCAAGACUAGUAGCAGAUGCCAUGUUGGAUGCAGUGAUUGAUGUGAUGAGCCAAAACUCUUCCGGUCCCCUGACCACAAUCCGCAUAGUUAUUUUCCAGAAAGCUAUGCUAAAAGAUUUCCACAGCAGCCUGGAACAGAGAGAAGCUACUUAUCCUAAUCCUAAGGAUAAAGGACGGGGAACCUGGGGAGGCAUUGGCAUUGGCAAAGUCCAAGGAAUGUUUACUGAUGGAAAUACUGAAAAACCAAAGAAAGAGAAAGACUGCACAACUGAAGGUCAGAAAGCUGAUGCCACUUGCUUCCAUAUUUGUGGUGUCACUCAGGCUGAUGUAGAUACAGCCAAGAAACUAUUGUUUCAAGAACCUGAGACCACCACAAUUGAGGACGAAGCCAUUGGUAAACUCUGUGAUGCAGACCACCAGAAAAUUGAUGACAUGGAGAAGACCAUGGGUAUAAGCAUAAAAAUAGAAAACAGUAAAGUCAAGCUCACUAUUGAAGGACUGAGCAAUGAUGUGCUUAAAGCUACCUCUGAGAUCAAUAUGAUGCUAAGCAGGAAAAGAGAGGGUAUUCCUGAGCAGUGGGAAUACAUGCCAGCUGAGGCCACAUGUCAGGCUUUUGCAGUACAAGCCAAGACAUCAGAAUAUGAUGAAAUCCUGAAACAUUUUCAGGCCUCAUGCAGUGGAUUUGUUACAAAGAUUGAGCGGAUCCAGAACCCUGGAUUGUGGAAGAGUCUAGAGAUUAAGAAGCGUGAGAUGGAGUUGAGAAAUGGUCAUCAGAAUAACGAGAGACGUCUUUUCCAUGGUACCUGCGACGGAGCUGUGCCAAAUAUUAAUGACCGUGGGUUCAACAGGAGCUAUGCAGGAAAGAAUGGUGAGAUAUUU